AUGAACGUUAUGGACGAAGACGAGAGAAUCGGGAUUUUGCUUGAGAUUUUUUACGUAAGCGAUAUUGUUUUGUGGAGAACUUUCACCGACAUCGUUCCCGACUACAAGAAAGCCGUAAAAAUCUACGCAAAUGGGACUCUCCGUUUGAUGGAGAAAACCUAUGUGGACACAGUGUGCUCAUUAAUGCUCAAUCAUUUCCCCUUCGAUCGUCAAGUUUGUCCAAUGAAAUUCAUGGUUUACUCGUAUGAUUUUUGGGAAGUGUCGAUGACGUGGCAAAUCAAUGAUUUUCAGUUAAAGUACUCGAGUACAGGAAAUUGGGAGGUGACGAAUAUCACCGGCGGGAUUCAAUUCUUUCCUGAGACUUUUUCAUUCGAUGCAGUAAUCUUCGAAGUGUCCCUCAAACGGCAACCAGAAUUCUACUUCUUUGUCAUCAUCAUCCCAACAUUCUCUCUCUGCAUCCUAUCAACAACUGGACUCUUUUGGACAGCUCUAACAGAUAGGAAUCAAAUCGAUAAGCAAAUGCUCGGUUUCGGAAGUCUCGUCUCAUUGAUGGUCAUUCUCGAUAUCGUUUCUGGAAAUCUUCCAAAAACAAGUCACUUUCCAUUAUUGGGAUUCUACAGAUGGCAAGACAUCCGCCUCUCUUGGCGCCCGGAGUUGUUUGGUGGGAUCAACCAUAUUUGGGUAGCCUACACAUCGGUGUGGAUUCCCGAGAAUACCCAAUCCGAUACAGUCACCAUGAAUGACAUCAUUCCAUACUACAAGAAAACCGUGAAAAUCUACGCGAAUGGAACGCUUCAAAUGAUGGAGAAAACCUAUGUGGAGACUCUUCAAAAAUUCCCCUUUGACGAGCAGCUUUGCGCAAUGAAAUUCAUGGUUUGGUCUUACGAUUUCUACGAAGUUUCAAUGACUUAUGGGAUCAAUUAUUUUGAUUAUUCAUUGUAUUCAGGAAGCGGGAACUGGAAAGUAACAAAUGUCACCGGAGAUCUUCAACACUUUACUUCGCCUGAAUAUUCUUUUGAUGAGGUCUUUUUCUAUAUGUGUCUGAAACGCCAAACGAGUCUCAUCUCGAUCACACUUUUGUUAGACAUUGUGGCUGCUGACCUUCCACAAACAAAACAAUUUCCUUUAUUGGGUUUCUAUGUCUUGAUCUCAACACUGAUACUCUGUUUGGCGUGCUUCUUUGUCACACUUGCUCCAUUGAAAGUCGAGAAGAAAGAGGAG